AUGGCGGUGUCAGCAGCAGAGAAUGAACAAACCUAUCAGGCAGCGAGUGAUUCUACGGACUGCAAUAGUCAUGCGAAACACAACGAGGAUGGGAAUGAGGGAAUGCUGAUGGAUAUUAGCGAAAUGAAGGCAAAGCUGGAGGAUAAGAUGGAAACGAGGGAGUCGCUACAGGAUAUUAACGAAAUGAAGGCAACGCUGGAGGAUAUGAGAGAAAUGAUGAAAUCGCUGAAGGAUAUGAGGGAAAUGAUGGAGUCGCUGAAGGAUAUGAGGGAAACGAGGGAGUCGCUACAGGAUAUGAGGGAAAUGAUGGCGUCGCUGAAGGAUAUGAGGGAAACUAAGGAGAUAGCUGAGACGAUUAAAUCGUUAGUACACUUGUUGCAGCGUGGCACGUUACACAAAGACGUCGUUGUUCCAUGCGAGUUGAAAACGCCACAUCCGGAUGGUGGAGAAGGGACCUCACCGUCCGGUGGCGGUCAACAGCAGUUGUGUUCUGAUCCUCCACAAUUACAACAUGCCAGUUUACAAGCGCAGUCGGGAAACAUACCCGAAAUUUGUGUGGUUAAAAAAUCGCCUAAUUUAACGGCCCAUCAACACGCGGUAUACAAGUCGCUGAUCUAUGUCCCUCGCAACUUCAAGGAGGCUGUUGACUGGUUGAUUGCCGUGAGGGGAGAUGAUGGAAUGAAGAACUUGAAGGCUUUGGGCGCGGCGCUUUACGAUUUUUACGCACACAUGUCAGGUAGAUUCACAGAGGUGUCAGAUCUAGAUAAAGUCAUACGCGUUUCUAGAGAGUUCUUAGAGCAAGAGAAGCUUAAAAAGCGUCGAUCCGUUAAGCGUAUUCUGAUCAAACUAAAUGAUCGUUUGCGUAAAACACCCGAUCAGCUAGCUAAGGACACUGGCUCCGCAGACGAUACGGAGAACGAGAAGUACUUACAAAAAAAGGGUCUCACUGCUGACACCAUCGCAGAAAAGCUAUGUUGCGUCGUGGAUGCUUGUGCGGAGUUCCUGGGAAGAAUAAAGAACCGCAGUCACUACAAGUCUGCUUACAGUCCGCAGGCGACGUGGGAUGCGUCAUUUUCGGCUCAUCCGGAAACUGGCGUAGUAAUCUUCGUGGGUAUUGCGCCAAUGUUAUGCGCAAGCAUAUCAUCUUUGAAUGCUGCUGUGUUUGCUGCGAUGUUGAGAUUUCCGCCGUUUAUUGCGUAUAAGCGUAUGCAGGAGUUGAUACAAGCCUUGGGUUACGUAGAGCCAGAAUGCCGCGCUGGCAUGACGGCUUCGUAUGUCGGAGAUGCCUUGGAAGGUUUUGAAGAGACAAUUAUCUUCCUUUACGAACUCGCUGGCUUCUGGAUUUUCUACUGA